AUGAAACUCCCUUCAGAAUCAGAUAGCUAUAUCCAAGUCAAUGUCAUUGAUAUGGUGGUCCAAGAGACAUUCUUACUUAACAGCACAUCCGAUGCUUAUGAGGCGUGUGUUGCACAUUCUCAUUCAGCCCAGUCAGGCUCUCUUGAGAUUGAGACAUGUGCAAAGUUUCUGGAGACCAAGCCACCAUACACACGAAAGAGACAUUUCGAAAAGCUAGGAACAUGGACCACAAAACUAUUACCUUCCAUUCAGCAGCCGCCAGUAUUGGAACUCAAGCAACUGUCCCCACAUCUCAGAUAUGCUUAUUUGGGAGAGCCAUGUACACUCCCGGUGAUUAUUUCAAACACAGUUAGUGAGGUGGAGGAAGAAAGACUGCUUAGGGUACUCAAAGAAAAUAAGACCGCGAUUAGGUGGACAAUAGCCGACAUUAAAGGGAUUAGUCCUUCACUGUGUAUGCACAAAAUUCUCAUGGAGGAGAAUUGUACGCCAAGUAUAGAAGGACAGAGUAGACUUGAAGGAAGUGGUAAGGAAAGAGCUACACGAAAGGACCAUUUUCCACUCCCGUUUAUUGAUCAGAUGCUAGAAAAGUUGGCAAGGCAUUCACACUACUAUUUUCUUGAUGGAUACUCCGGCUACAACCAGAUACCAGUUGCACCAGAGGAUCAAGAAAAGACCACGUUCACUUGUCCUUACGGUACUUUCACCUACCGUAAGAUGUCAUUUGGUCUGUACAACGCUCUAGCUACAUUUCAUAGAUGCAUGAUGGCAAUAUUCUUUGAUAUGAUUGAAAGAUUCAUAGAGGUGUUCAUGGACGAUUUCUCAGAAGGAAUUGUACUUGGACAUCGGGUCUCAGCAACGGGAAUUGAGGUGGACAAAGCAGAACUUCGGGUUAUUGAGAAGCUACCACCACCAACAUUAGUUAAAGGGGUCCAUAGUUUCUUGGGGCAUGCGGGGUUUUUACGGGAGAUUUAUAAAGGAUUUUUUGAAAAUCACUAA